AUGACGACAACGGGUAGCUGUGCGUGCCGGGAGAUCCAGUUCCAGUUUGAGGGCGAGCCGGCGGUCACGGCGUUGUGCCACUGCACCGAUUGCCAGAAGUGGACCGGUGGUGCGUUUACGUCCAACGCUGUUGUGCCGCGGACCUCGUUCAAGGUCACCAAGGGGACACCCAAGACGUGGGAUGCGAGGGGUGACUCGGGCAAGAUCAACAAGCAUUUCUUCUGUGGGAACUGCGGAUCCGGCCUGUACACGGAGCUGGAGGUCAUGCCUGACAUGGCCUGUAUCAAGGCCGGUUCGCUGGACGGCGGGGCCGCGAGCCUGGGGAACAAGAUUGGCGUUGAGUUUUACACCAAGGACCGCGUUGGAUAUCUGGGGAGCUGUGACGGCGCCAAGCAGGAGCCUGCUUUUGGUUGA